UUUUGUGAAACCUAUGUACACAAAUACCGGUUUUGUGGGCGCAAAAAAAAAAAAACAUUGGAGAGCGAACAAAGCAUAAAAUAAUAUAUAAAGAACAAUUGAACUGACAAAAUUUACCAUGGCAACGAGCAACGGUGCUUUAACAUUUACAUUAAAUAAGAUAAUUAAAGAUGCACAUUGUAUUCGCGAGUAUAAAGGUGACAACUCAUGCGCUCUUACUUCGUUCUUAAGAGAAGUGGACAUGGUCUUAACGUUUUUUCCAACGGAUUCGCCAGAGAAAACCUACGUAUUUCAUCGUAUUAUAAUCAAUAAGAUUCAAGGUGAAGCUUUGCACGUCGUUCGAACUCUUGGCCCCUCACCAACAUGGAUAGAAGUAAAUACCGCAGAUGCUAAUUUUGAUCAAGGAACAAAUGUAGAAGGAUUUGAACGUUUCAACAAUUAUCAACAAUAUUCUAAUCAUAGCAACUUUCAAUAUAACGAAAAUGAUCACGAAAUAAAUUUUCAUACAAUUGCCUCAAAACGACACUUCCCUUAAUUGAGAUUACAAUUAAGCAUGAUAAAUUAAUUGCUUUAGUUGAUACCGGAUCCACAACUUCUCUUUUAAACAAAGACAAAUUGUUGCAAUAUGAAAGAAUACCUUUACAUAACCCAAUUUUAUUUUCUUCUCUUAAUUCAAAAUCAAAUAUUUAUCAUGAAAUCAUAACCGACUUACCAACUGAGUUCAACGAAAAUGCCACUAUGUCAUGGAAAUUAACAGAUUUUAGAGAUAAACAAUUCGACGCAAUA